UCCAUUCAUCCUUUGUUCUUCCUCCUCUUUUUAUGCUUCUUUGUUCUCCUUCAUGUAUACUUGAUAUAGACCGAUGCAGAUAAAGAGAGCAGCUACAGUGAGUUACCCAUUCUCAGAUGACAACUCUGCAUCCUUGACCACUCGGCGGCCUUUCAAGAUGCCUAUGCAGAAGAUCAAAUCUAUGUUGCGAACUUUCGCCAAGGGAUCAACCUCUGAUCAGAGAGAACAGAAGAAACUUUCUCUUUAUCGGCUCGCGCCUUUGUUCCUGUUGAUGCUCUACGCCAUCUGCUCAGUUAUAAGACUGGCUAGCUCGUCGUCAUAUUCUUUUUAUUUAGCGCAAGCAACUGAUUCAUUUGUUGCAGAAAUGAGCAGUGACUUGGAAUCCUUCACGACCCAUAUAUCUUCCAACUUAAAUUACCUCCAAGCUAGUGAAGAAAACACUGCACAUCGAUGCUCUGAUCUAAUCAAUGGAAGAAUGGUGAGAAUGAGUUCAUUUGGAGAUGAAGGGCUCCUUUGCUGCGAUCGAAGCCAUAACCGGACGGACGUCUGCUACAUGAGGGGAGACAUCAGAACAGACGCUAACUCAUCUUCCAUCUCGGUCUAUGGCGCUGGGCCUUGGCAGGUGCCCGAGACCAUACGCCCCUACACAAGAAAAUGGGAGACUGAGAUCAUGAGCACGAUCGACAACAUCACCCUCCUUCCCGUGGCAUCAUCCAUCAAUAACGGAAGCCCAUCCAAGGCCUGUGAGAAGCGCCACGGCGUGCCGGGUCUCGUGUUCUCGACGGGAGGAUACACAGGGAACCUUUACCAUGAGUUCAACGACGGGCUGAUUCCACUAUUCAUCACGGCGCAGCGGUUUCACGGCGAGGUGGUGCUGGUGGUGAUGGAAUACCAUUCUUGGUGGAUGACCACAUACCGUCCGGUCAUAAGGAAGCUAACCAACUACAAGGUGGUGGAUUUCUCCAGGGAUCGUCGAGUCCACUGCUUCUCGGAGAUGAUCGUCGGCCUGAGAAUCCACGGCGAGUUAUCGAUCGAUCCACUGCUCAUGCCCGAAGGUAUUGGGAUACAAGAUUUCCGGGCUUUACUUGGCCAGGGACUCGGUGACAGCCAACUGAAACCACAAGAAGCCCGUCCACCAUUGGUGGCGCCGCCGCCGGCCUCCGCCAGCCACAGCAACAGACGCUGCAGCACCUCCAAACCUAAGAUGACAAUCAUCAUCCGCAGCAAAUCAAGGGUACUACUCAACCUCGAUGAGAUAGUGAAAGCCUGCGAACAUAUCGGCUUCGAGGUGCAGGUCCUGAAGCCCAAGAGAGGCAUGCCAUUGACAGUGAUCCACGACGCCCUCGAUGCGGCCGACGUGAUGCUAGCCGUGCAUGGAGCAGCGAUGACCCACUUCCUCUUCAUGCGGCCCCGCUCCGUCCUCAUACAGAUCGUGCCAUUAGGCUUGGAUUGGGCGGCGGAGACUUACUACGGCGAGCCGGCUCGGAAGCUUGGGUUGGAGUACAUGGCCUACAGGGUGAGGCCGGGGGAGAGCUCCCUCUCCAAGGAGUACCAUCGCCGGAGCCCGGUUUUAAUGGAUCCUAGUAUCAUCACAAGGCAAGGGUGGUGGGAGACGAAGAGGAUUUACCUGGACAGACAGAACAUCAAAGUAAAUAUUGGAAGAUUUAGUAGGGUGCUCGCAAAGGCACAUUCCCAUAUCUGUAAGCUAUAUGCAAGCGUGUAGAGAAGUAUACUACAAACACAUACUAAAAUGGAGUCAAUUCUUUUGUUCUUAU